AUGAAGUUCUCCUCACUGGUGCAGGCUGCGGCCUUGCUCGCGGCCCAAGCUCUCGCCGAUGCCUCGAGCACCUCCCUGUCAUGUCGGUGCUUGCCGGGAGACGCCUGUUGGCCCUCGGAUCGCACCUGGGCAAAGCUUAAUGCAACCGUCGGGGGAAGGCUCGUCGCCACGGUGCCUAUCGGGUCGCCGUGCCAUGACCCUACCUACGAUGCUGCCGCGUGCGCGGCGUUGCAGGCAAGCUGGAAGAACCCACUCACCCAUGUUUCGUCAUCGUCGUCGGUGAUGGGGGCAUACUUUGCAAACCAGAGUUGCGAUCCGUUUACCAAUAGAUCGAAACCUUGUCUGCUUGGAAACUACGUCAGCUACGCGGUCAAGGUCAAGAACACCGCAGACGUCGCGGUCGCCCUGCGCUUUGCUAAGGAACAUAAUCUCCGUAUCGUCGUCCGCAACACGGGUCAUGAUUUCUUCGGCCGCUCCACCGGCGCCGGUGCCCUCGCCAUCUGGACCCAGGGCCUCAAGACCGUGUCCUUUGUCGACUGGACGGAUGACCACUACACGGGGCCGGCAGCCAUUGUGGGCGCGGGUGUCCUCGGCUAUGAGAUCGUCGAGGCCGCGCAUAAGCAGGGCCUCACGGUCGUGGGUGGAGAGUGCGCGACCGUCGGUCUCGCCGGCGGCUUCAUCCAGGGGGGCGGCCACUCUGCGCUCAGCACCACCUUCGGUCUCGCUACCGACCACACGUUGGCUUUCCAGGUUGUCACGACGAGCGGUCUCACCGUCACAGCGUCGCCGACCCAGAACGCAGACCUCUACUGGGCCCUAAGUGGCGGCGGCGGCGGCAACUACGGCGUCGUUGUUGGAGUCACCAUUCGCGCGCAUAAGGCGGCAACGGUCGGCGGUGCAGCCUUCCAGCUACUUGCGCCUACUACUACACCCGAGAAGUUCCAGGCUGCGGUAGCUAAAUUCUAUGAGCUACUGCCUAAGAUGAUCGAUAAUGGCGCCAUGGUCUCCUUUCACACGAACCAGCAGAUGCUAAAGGUCAAGCCCGUGACUAUCUGGAACUCGACCGCCGCUUACGUCCGCGACGUCGUUCUGCAGCCCUUCACUACGGCUCUCACCGAGAUUGGGAUCUCUUUGCCAGUUACCUAUAGCGAACUCUCUUAUCGCGACCAUUACGAUCGCUAUAUGGGCCCCCUCCCCCAGGGAAGCUUCGAGGUAGAGAGUCACCAGUUCGGCGGACGCCUAAUCCCCCGUAAGGUUCUAGAGGACAGGACGAGCCGCAACUCCUUCGUCCGUGCCGUAAACAACCUUACGGCCAACGGUAUCCUCACUAUCGGCAGCGCCGCUGCCUACUCUAAUAAGCCCGCCGGUAGCCCUAACAAUUCCGUCAACCCUGUUUGGCGCUCUACGUUGAUUCAGCUGCAGCUCAUGACGAACUGGAACACAACGGCGCCGUGGUCAGAGAUGGAGGCCGUGCAGCGUCGCAUGACGGAGGAGUUUAUGCCUCAGAUUGAGAGCGUAACGCCCGAUAGCGGGUCGUACUUAAACGAGGCUGACUUUAGGCAGCCGAACUGGCAGCAGACCUUCUACGGGUCUAGCUACGAGAAGUUGCUUGCCAUCAAGCGCAAGUGGGAUCCCGAAAGCGUGCUUUACGCGCUUAAGGGCGUGGGGAGCGAGGCUUGGAACGUCGGAAACGAUGGCCGGAUGUGCCGGGCAUGA